AUGCCCGUCCCCACCGCCGAUCUCUUUGACAAGCAACAAAACGAAGCCAACUCGACACAGCCUCCCAGCUCUGCUUCACACACUUCCACCGACCAGAGAAACAACAACAGCUAUUUCGGGACCACGCCUGGCAGUUCGACCAGUGUGUUGCAGAAUGCUGACAGUGGUCGCGCUCUGACCAAGGAGGAGGCUGAUCGUCUGUACGAGGAGCGGAUGGAGGAGGAAUACGCGAAGAGGGAUGGCGGCGCCUAA